UGUGGCUUUCGAAAUAUUCUGACCUUUUAAAUGAAUUACUUUACUAUAAGGUAUUGUUCAUUUUUUGGUAUACUAAUGUCUGGUGCAACAGUAGGGGGUGGAAAUCUCCUCUUUGAUUGUUACUUUCUCUAGGGAUGCUAUAUUUACACUUGAAUGUACUUGAGUAUACCGCCCCUGUAUACGCAUCACGCACGUGUGAGAUGAUACCACGCAUUUGUUACAUACUAAAUUGUGUCACUCGUAAAAUGUCUUCUGCAGUACAAAUUGACGGAAGUUUAGGAGAAGGUGGUGGUCAAGUAUUAAGAAUAGCACUUUGUUUGAGUGCUCUAUAUAAAAUUCCAUUAAAAAUUAAUAACAUACGAGCGGGUCGCCCUAAACCUGGACUUGCAGCACAGCAUUUAAAAGGAGUAGAACUAUUGAAGAAUAUGUGCAAUGCUGAAGUACAAGGAGACUAUAUAGGAUCAACAGCUUUGGAAUUUAAACCCAAGCAACUAAAUAGUGAUAAAAGAAAUAAGUUUUUUAUAGAUACAGGAACUGCUGGUUGCAUUUGUUUGUUAGCUCAAGUAGCUCUACCAUGCGCUCUUUUCUUCCCUCAAAGAGUUACAUUAAUUCUUAAAGGAGGCACAAAUGUUCCGAUGGGACCACAUAUAGAAUAUCUUACUGAAGUGUUGAGACCAUUACUUAAUAAAUUUGGAGCUAAUUUUGAUUUCAAUGUUGUGUCAAGGGGUUAUUAUCCAAAAGGAGGCGGAGAAGUACAUUUACACAUAGAACCUGUGCAUUCAUUGAAAGCUGUUACUUUAACUAAUCCAGGAAUUCCUCGUGAUAUAGUAGGAUGGGCAUAUGUUGCAGGUGUUGUUCAUAUUAGAGAAGCAUAUAAAAUGGCAGACGAUGCAAAAUCAGUUUUAACAGAAGGUUUGAACAAACAUAAUAUUUCCUUGCCAUCAAUAAAUAUUGAAGCUUACAAAGAAGAUAAGACAGUAGCUGUUGGUAAUGGGUCUGGUAUUAAUAUAGUAUGUGCAACAACUACUGGAUGUGUUUUUGGUGGUUCUGGAUUGGGUUCUGGGCGUCAAGAACAAAUAUCACCAGGUACACAAGCAGCCAAGGAAAUUUUGGAUACAAUUUUAGCAGGAUCUUGUGUUGAUGAUCAUGCUCAAGAUCAGUUAAUAAUUUUGAUAGCUCUAGCCAAAGGUUUAUCCAAAAUUAAACUUGGAAGUAAAAAGCUUACUUGCCACACUGAAACUGCUAUAAAAGUAGCAGAAUUAAUGUUGAAGGAUUUCAAUCUUCGCUUUAAAUUAUGCGAAAAUAAGGAUAAAGACAGCAUUUCUUAUACUUUAGAAUGUGAAGGUUGUGGUUAUGAAAACAAAAAUAUAUGAUAAACAACACUUGCGUGUUUUGUAUGGCAAUAAUUGCUAUUUGACUGCAAAGGAUAUACUCGUAUACACACAUGUAUAGUAGCAAUAGCUGUUUGUAUUAUCGCAUAAUUUUUUAUUUUUCCUUAUUUAAAUAAAUUAUGUAUCAAGAUGUAUCUAUAUAAUAAGACAUUUCCAUAGUUUCUUAUAGUUUUAUAAAAUUACAGAUUUAAUUAUAAUUAA